AUGAUACCAUGCAAAAAUCAGAUCCUCGAAAAGGUCAGAACCUUAAUAGACUGGAAUGAUGUUAGAAAACAUAAAUAUGGUCAUCUAUCAGAGUCUGCAUCCCAAUAUCAAGAAGCUACUGACAUCCUGGAGCUAGGUCAUUUUACCUGGGACAAAUACCUAAAAGAAACAUGUUCAGUCCCAGCGCCUGUCCAUUGCUUCAAGCAGUCCUACACACCUCCAAGCAACGAGUUCAAGAUCAGCAUGAAAUUGGAAGCACAGGACCCCAGGAACACCACAUCUACCUGUAUUGCCACAGUAGUUGGACUGACAGGUGCUCGCCUCCGCCUUCGCCUUGAUGGCAGCGACAACAAGAAUGACUUCUGGCGGCUGGUUGACUCAGCUGAAAUUCAGCCUAUCGGGAACUGUGAGAAGAAUGGGGGUAUGCUGCAGCCCCCUCUGGGAUUUCGGCUGAAUGCUUCUUCUUGGCCCAUGUUCCUUUUGAAGACGCUAAAUGGAGCAGAGAUGGCUCCCAUCAGGAUUUUCCACAAGGAACCACCGUCACCUUCUCACAACUUCUUCAAAAUGGGAAUGAAGCUAGAAGCUGUGGACAGGAAGAACCCUCAUUUCAUUUGCCCAGCCACUAUUGGGGAAGUGCGGGGCUCAGAGGUCCUUGUCACUUUCGAUGGGUGGCGAGGGGCCUUUGACUACUGGUGCCGCUUUGACUCCCGUGACAUCUUCCCUGUGGGCUGGUGUUCCUUGACUGGAGACAACCUGCAGCCACCUGGCACUAAAGUUGUGAUUCCAAAGAAUCCCUACCCUGCAUCCGAUGUGAACACUGAGAAGCCCAGCAUCCACAGCAGCACCAAAACUGUCUUGGAGCAUCAACCAGGGCAGAGGGGGCGUAAACCAGGAAAGAAGCGGGGCCGGACACCCAAGCCCCUAAUUCCCCAUCCCAUCUCUACCCCAUCCAAGUCAGCUGAGCCUUUGAAAUUCCCAAAGAAGAGGGGUCCCAAACCUGGCAGUAAGAGGAAACCUCGGACUUUGCUGAACCCACCACCCACCUCACCAACAACCAGCACCCCUGAACCGGACACCAGCACUGUACCCCAAGAUGCUGCCACCAUACCCAGCUCAGCCAUGCAGGCCCCCACAGUUUGUAUUUACUUGAACAAGAAUGGCAGCACAGGCCCCCACUUAGAUAAGAAGAAGGUCCAGCAGCUCCCUGACCACUUUGGGCCUGCCCGAGCCUCCGUGGUGUUGCAGCAGGCUGUGCAGGCUUGCAUCGACUGUGCUUAUCACCAGAAAACCGUCUUCAGCUUCCUCAAGCAGGGCCACGGUGGUGCAGUUAUCUCAGCCGUGUUUGACCGGGAGCAGCACACGCUCAACCUCCCAGCAGUCAACAGCAUCACCUACGUCCUCCGCUUCCUGGAGAAGCUCUGCCACAACCUUCGCAGUGACAAUCUGUUUGGCAACCAGCCGUUUACACAGACUCACUUGUCACUUACCACCACAGAGUACAGCCACAGCCACGACAGGUACCUACCAGGUGAGACCUUUGCCCUGGGAAAUAGUCUGGCCCGGUCUUUGGAGCCACGCUCAGACUCAAUGGACUCUACCUUGAAUCCCACCAAUCUUGUCAGCACUUCCCAAAACCUUCGAAAUCCAGGGUACCGGCCUCUGCUUCCAUCCUGCAGUCUCCCACUGGGCACUGCCUCAGCUGUGCGCAGGCUCUGCUCCAGGGGGCCCCUGGGACAGGCUGUGGAGAGCGCAGGCACACAGCCCAGUCCCCGCCCGUUACAGCGGGUGUCCUUCUCUCCUGCAGGGCCAGACCGCCGGGACGCCUCUCGACUGAGUGGCCGGGACCCCUCCUCGUGGACAGUUGAGGAUGUGAUGCAGUUUGUCCGGGAAGCUGAUCCCCAGUUUGGACCCCAUGCUGACCUCUUUCGCAAACACGAGAUCGAUGGCAAGGCCCUGCUCCUGCUGCGCAGUGACACGAUGAUGAAGUACAUGGGCCUGAAGCUGGGGCCUGCGCUCAAGCUCUGCUACCACAUUGACCGGCUGAAGCAGGGCAAGUUCUGA